GGCGGAGCUUGAGGCGGACGCAUGGAACCUGAGCGGGGUCCCCUGGCUGAUCAUGGACCCUGAGUGCUCCCAGCUUCUCCCUGCUCUCUGUGCUGUGCUAGCAGAUCCCAGGCAGCCGGUAGCAGAUGACACCUGUUUGGAGAAACUGCUGGACUGGUUUAAAACACUGACCGAGACAGAGCCCAGCCUCCUCCUGCUGCAGGAGAACCCGUCCUUGGUGGAGCUGCUGUCACAUGUGCUGAAGUCACAGGAUGUGAGCUCCAGGGUCCUCUCCUUUUCCCUGCGCCUCGCUGGGAUGUUUGCUGCCCAGGAAGACUGCUUCCAGUACCUCCAGCAGGGCGAGUUACUGCUGGGGCUCUUUGGGGAGGUGGGUCCCCUCUGUUGGGUGGCCUGGAACGUCCCCACUGUGCGUAGUGGCUGGAUCCAGGGCCUGCGCUCCCUGGCACAGCACCCCAGCGCCCUGCAGUUCCUGGCCGACAGCGGUGCCAUUGACACCAUCUUCUCCCUACAAGGGGACCCCAGCCUGUUUGUGGCCUCAGCCAGCAGUCAGCUCCUGGUGCACAUCCUGGCUUUGUCCAUGCAGGGUGAAGCUGCGGGGUACCCCUGCCUACAGGGUGGUGCCUGGCCCAUGUGUGCCUGGAAGAUUGUGGGCCACUUGGAAGAGUCCUUGUGUGCCACAGGUGCCCCGCAGGUCACUCAGGCCCUGAAUGUCCUGACCACCACAUUUGGGCGCUGCCACAGCCCCUGGACAGAGGUCCUCUGGGAGCAGUUGUGUCCCCUCGUGGCCCGCCUACUUGAAAGAGCCACCAUCCCUGCCGCACACUCGCUCGUGGACCUUCUUCUCAACGUGGCCCGGUCUCCUGUGUUCAGUUCUGCCGACUGCGGCCUGUGGGGGACAGUGACCGAGGCUCUGAACUGUCUGAGCCCCCUGCAGGUCGGGCCUCUGGCUGUGGGGAUGCUGAAACUCCAGCACUGUCCCCAGGCACUGAGGGCUCAGGCCCUCGGAGUCCUCCUGCAGCCCCUGGCCUGUGUUCUGAAAGCCACCGCCCAGGCCCCUGGCCCCCCAGGCUGGCUGGACAGGACUGAGGGCAGCUCUCUGACGGUGGAUGCUCUCCUGUCCUCCAAGGCGGCCUGUGUGGGGGUCCUGUGCCAGACCUUGGCACACCUGGAGGAGCUGCACCCUCUGCCCCAGCGCCCUGCGCCCUGGCCCCAAGAGCCCCUGCUGAGUGCUGCGGUGACUGUACUGCGGCUCUGCCGUGGCUCGGUGGCCCCUAGCUCCAGUGUGGGUGCUCGCCUCUGUGCAACCUUUGCAGGCUGUGUCCGUGUCCAGCGAGCAGCCCUCGACUUUCUGGGGACGCUGUCUCAGGGGACAAGCCCCCAAGACUUGGUGACGCAGGUGUUUGCUGUUCUUUUGGAGUACCUGGAGAGCCCCGACUCCAGCCCCACGGUCCUGAAGAAAGCCUUCCAGGCCACGCUCCGGUGGCUCCUGAGCUCAUCCACGUCAGCUGGCUGCUCCAACCUCAGCCCCCACACCCUGCUGUUCCUCAGAGAGCUGUUCACUGUGCUGCAGAAGCGCCUGUGCAGCCCCGGCUGGGAGGUGAGAGACUGCCUGGAGUUCCUGACGCAGCUGUGCCGACACUGGGGAGGACAGGCUGACUUCAGACAGGUGCUCCUGGCAUCAGAGGCACCGGCGCUCGCCCGGCAGUUGCUCCAAGACCCUGAGAGCUAUGUCCGAGCAAGUGCGGUGGCCGCCACCGGGCAGCUGUCUAGCCGGGGCCUGCAGGCCGCCCCCAAGGGCUCUGAGCACCUUCAGGCCCAGCAGGACCUGCUCGGGGACCUCCUGCACAUCCUGUCCACAGACUCGGAGGGCUUCCCGCGAAGGGCUGUUGUGCAGGUCCUCACUGAGUGGCUGAAGGACGGCCAUGCUGGCGUGGCCCAGGACACAGAGCAGUUUGUGGCCACCGUACUCCAGGCAGUGAGCAGGGACCUGGACUGGGAGGUCCGGGUGCAGGGCCUGGAGCUGGCGCAGGUGUUCCUGGCCCAGACCUUGGGGCAGCCCUGCUGUUCCUACGCAGUGGCCCUGCCCACAGUCACCCCAGCUGACCGGCUCCCCACGGUGCUAAGGACUCUGUGCCGCCUGCGGCUUCUGGACUUCGCCUUUCAUGCUUUGCUCGACUGUGACCGGCCUGUGGCCCAGAAGGCCUGUGACCUCCUGCUGUACCUCAGGGACCAGAUCGAUGCCUGUGGUGGCCUGCGGGAGGUGGGGGACAGCCCCGACUUGUCCUCUGUGGAAGCUGCCCUGCAGAGGUGGCGGGCGGGUGAGCAGGGCCAGCCCCUGGGGGACAUGGAGCCUGAGGCCGUGCUGGCCAUCCUGAGGUCCAUGGACCUGGAGGGCCUGCAGAGCCGGCUGGCCCAGGGCAGUGAGCACGUGGAGAAGAGUCUGCAGUCCCUCCUGCAGGACAUGCUGGCCACAGUGGGCAUGCUGGAGAAUGAGGCUGACUGCUACUGAGGCUAUGCUGCUGGCGGCCUUCUCCAGCCUCUGCUGUCCCGAGGGCUUCAUCCAGGCUGGUUCUCAAGACCCUCCAGGAGUGGAUCGAGCUCCCACAUAUUAAGCUGGGCGUGGUUGCCAUGCCUGUAAUCCCAGCCCUCAGGAUGCUGAGACUGGAGGAUUGCGAGUUCAAGGCCAGUCUGAGCUGGGUGCCGGUGGCUCAGGCCU